GGCGCGGAAAACAAUGGAAAUAGGGCCGCGGGGGUCGACCAGGCCCUGAGGCGGGGGAUCGCGGCCUCCGCCGAGAAGACGCUGGGCUCCCGGGCCCGCUGGGCGGCCGCUCCGUCCUCCGUGCGCGGCGCCAGCCUCGGGGUUAUGGCCCGACUGUAAGGACAGCUGCCUCCGCCGCCGGGAAAGGGAAGGGGAAGGAAGCAACCACAGGGGCCCGGGCCCGGCUCGGGCCGCUCGGGUGGGACAGCGGAGGAGGCGGCGCGGCUCGGCGCCCGCGGCGGCCCAUGGUGCUGCUGCCGCCCCCCUGCCCCAUGGCGGAGUUCGCGAUCCCGCGGCACAGCGCGGUCAUGGAGCGCCUCCGCCGCCGCAUCGAGCUGUGCCGGCGGCACCACAGCACCUGCGAGGCCCGCUACGAGGCCGUGUCGCCCGAGCGCCUGGAGUUGGAGCGACAGCACACGUUCGCCCUGCACCAGCGCUGCCUACAGGCCAAGGCCAAACGCGCCGGCAAGCACCGGCAGCCCGCGCCGCCCGCCCCGGCCCCCGCCGCCGCGCCGCCCGCCCCGGCCCCGGCCCCUGCCGCGGCGGUCGAGGGCUCGGACGGCACCGCCGCGGAGCAGAGCCGCUCCAGCAGCGCCCUCAUCGCGCAACUCCAUGAAUCGGUGAAAAGGAGUCGGGAUAGUGCUGGCUCCCCUCAGAAUGGAGAUCAACAGAAUGGUUAUGGAGAAAUGUUUUCUGUGCACAAGAAACCACGCCAUGAAGACAGUCUUGGGGUUAGCGUCUCCUCUAAUGGGAUGCCUCCGUUGUCCCCGAUGCAUCAGCUUGACAAGUCAUCUGGAGGAGAUGCCUUACAGCCCAAUGGAAAACAUUCGCUGGGGCUAGAUGCCAUCAACAAAAAAUGUCUUCCAGAUUCUAACCUCCAUUCAAAUGGCAGCAGCAAUGCAAAUGAUUCAUUUCAAAUAAGUUUGAAUAAAGAACUGAAACAGGAGCCUGUAGAUGAUCUUCCUUGUAUGAUCUCUGGCACAGGUGGUUCUAUGUCUCAAAACAACUUAAUGCCUGACCUGAAUCUUAAUGAGCAGGAGUGGAAGGAGCUCAUUGAUGAACUUAAUAGAUCAGUGCCUGAUGAAGACAUGAAGGAUCUAUUUAAUGAAGAUUUUGAGGACAAAAAGGAUACGGAGACUUCAAGUUCGGCUACACAGACCCCAUUGCCACAAGACAUCAAUAUUAAGACUGAAUUUUCGCCAGCAACCUUUGAGCAAGAGCAGUUAGGAUCUCCACAAGUAAGAUCCACGUCUUCAGGGCAGACCUUUAUUGGGUCAUCGUCUGCAGCUGUGAGUACAGCCUCUCCGGUUGUAGGUGCCUCUCAGACUGGGUUCCAGGCUACUGGUCAGCCAGGGCCUGAAAAUCCCAACCAGACCAUGAUGCAGGUAUCAAACCAGUCUCAGAAUGUACAGAGGCCUCUAGCCAAUGUAUUAUUAUCUAGUCAGGGCUCUGGAGGGAGCAAAGAAAUGUCCUCUGCCCACCAGCUUCAGCAGAUAGCUGCCAAGCAGAAGAGAGAUCAAAUGCUUCAAAACCAACAGCAAACUCAACAAGUUCACCAGCCUGGGCAAAUGACCAACUGGCCACCCUCUGGUCCUUCUCAUAGUCCAUUAGCUGUCCCCUACUCUGUGGAGAACCCAACUAGCCCUUCAGUUUACCAGCAAGAUUUCAGCAACCAGAAGCUCAUGAUGUCCACCAUGACCAAUAAGAGUUCACCUAGAACUGGAGGUAAUUACCUCCAACCUAGCCACGUAGGCCUGCUGACUCACCAGCCAAACACCUUGAACCAGAACUCUGUGGCUGGCCAAGCAUCUCUGCUUGACUAUGGCAACACCAAACCUCUUUCCCAUUACAAAGCUGAUUGUGGACAAGUAUCUGGCCAAAAUAAGGCACCCAUGUUAGCUUAUCUGCCACAGCAGCUGCCUCAUAUGAAUGAAGAACAGAAUGCCUUGUAUAUGUUGAAAUCGAAGCCUGGAAAUAUUCCCUACAGACCACUGGUUCCCCAUAACCAGGACCAGAACCCGUCUAGCGUUCCUCGUGUCCCGGUGUCCGUGCCAGCAUCGAGUGUUGGCACCCAGCCACCAGCUGUCUCCAUGGCAAGUACCCAUGGCUCCGCUGCCUAUCUCAACACCCAGCAACAAGCAGCAGCAAUGAAGCAGCACCAGCUGUUGAUAGACCAGCAGAAGCAGAGGGAACAGCAGCAGAAGCAGUUGCAGCAGCAGCAGCAGCAUUUCCUGAUAGGGCAGAGACAGCAGCAGCUUCUGGCUGAGCAGGAGAAGCAGCGUCAGGAACAGCAGUUUCAAAGACACCUGACCCGGCCACCACCUCAGUACCAAGAGCAGAACCAGACUGCUUACCAGCAGGUCGGACAAUUUACAGGGUCAUCAGCUGCCAUGGCUGGAGUGAGUAGCCUGGGUCCAUCCAACUCUGGUAGUCCCCGGAUGUUUCCUCAGAUUCAAAUUGGACCCGGACAUGGUUCUGUUUCCUCCAUUCCUUCAAAUCCAAGCCAACAGGAUCGAAGUGUGGCUCAGUAUACUGGUGCACAGAACCUUCAGAGAGGAAGCCUAUACAGCGUGGCACCUGGCAUGACUCAGAUGGUCCCCCAGCACACGCCUCAGGCCUCCAAUGGGCAUGCCCACAUGCCACGGCAGCCCAGUGUUGGCCAAAGUAGCACAGUUUCUGCUAGCUAUGGUCAGAAUGCCCUGGGGAACGCUGGGCUUCCUCCACAGCACAGUAAGGGGGCUCUGAAUCCCACUUUAUCUAAGCCCUCUUUGCCCAGAGUGCCAGCCGCUGUGGGAGCCCAGAAUCCAUCAUGGCAGCACCAAGGUGUGCCCAGCAUGAACAGUCAGCCACAGGGGAGCAGCAGUGGGAGCCCUUUUCCUGCCACCUCCACCUUCCACAUGCAACAGCCCCACCUGAAGAUGACCAGCCAGCAGUUCCCCCAGGGAGGGCCUCAGGUGAACCUUGGCACCAGCCGGCCAAUGACAUCCAUCAGCUCUGCUGUGUCAGGGCAGAUGAUGUCAUCCAUGAGCACACAGCAGAGGACGAGUGCGUCUGCCCAGCAGCAGGUACCCUCUCAGCAAGUCCUGCCCGGGAUGAGCUCAGCUGUCCCAGACCUGACUGCAUUCAGCCAGAAUCCAAACCAGCAGCUGGCAAAUCGAGCCGGGCUGCAUUGUGGUCAGGGCUACCAGGUGAGGACAGCAAAUCAGGAGCUCCCUUUUACCUAUAGCGCUCCACCAGGUAACAGUGGGUUACAGAAUCUAGCUGGUGACACAGAUCUUAUAGACUCCCUGCUGAAAAAUAGGACUUCAGAAGAGUGGAUAAAUGACUUGGAUGAGUUGUUAGGAACACAUUAACAUGGAGUUCAGGGUAUCCUGGUUUUGCUACAUCCUACAUUUUGGUUCUUAACAUCAAGAACUUUUGGACCAAAAACCUGUGGCAUUGAGGAGCUUUGAAAAUACAUUGGAAACAACCAGGAAAUGGACCCCUGUUGCUUCCCACCAAGCGUGAAUGCCCUGAUCUGAUGGCACCUACAGUCCAUACCUCAUGGGGACACUGUGUGCAUGUGGGGCAGGGUUGCACAUUCAGACAGGUGGGGCCCGUUGUAUCGGGCUUCUUCUGUUAGUGAUAUCACAUGGUGGGGAGAAAAACAGAAGGCUUUUAAACGUACAUUUAUAUCGAAAAGACCAAAAAUCUACUAUCGGACUGGAGGAAAAAAUCAGUGCCAUUUUGUUGACUAAACCCAGUUUCCCCCUCCAUUUUCCAUAUUUUUAGAUGCUUCAUUUGUUUUGUUUUUUAAUGGUUUUGUAGCCAGAUUUUAUGCAAUUUGUUUCAUAAAGAUGAUAAAACACAUUUUGUCAAAUGCGAGGUUAAGUCAGUUGUGAUAUUAGCAAAUCCGGAGACCUAUCAUCCUAUUGUUAAUGGCAAACCUUUAUUUUCAUUUUUAGAAGGGAGUGGAAUGAGAGAAAAACCAGCAUUUUACCUUAAUCCACCAACCUGCCCAAACCCACCUCUUUUCUGCUCAUUGUUGAGAUGAAAAGGAAGGCUGCUGCUGGACUUCCUUGUGGCUCCCAACUUCAGUAGUUAGAUGUUAUUGUCCAUAACCACUCUUGAAGGAAGCUGAGCCCUAUUCUCACUUGUUUAAAGAGAGACUUUCUUUUGAGAGAGAAAAAAGGGUUUUUGUUUUUGUUUUGUUGUCGCUGCCCCAGUCCAUGGCCGCCACCCUCCUAAAAGGGAGUCUCCCUACUUCAGGGGGUGGAUGCUGUGGUUAAGUGCGCAUCUUGUGACUGACUGUGUGACCAAGCCCAGAAAGGAGGGAGGCAGAAAACUUCACCUAGUGCCACAGAAGCAAACAAAGUCCAAAUAGCAGCUGCCUAUGCUAUGAAAAUAGAUUUUCGGUUUGUUUUUUGCUCUUCUCUUGUCUUUAAAAGUCUCCCUUUAAACACUUCUUGGCUGGAGUGACUGAGGACCUACCUGUCCCCAGGAAAAUCUAAAUUCCUUCACAACCAGUGCUCCCUACAGAAGUACCGUGAGCACAGCAGGAAUCACCAAAGUGAUCUGUGAGGGCUCGGUUCAUUCAGGGUAAAAGAAACAGCGACAGUAUUGGGUGAUUAGGGUUCCCGAGUUCUCAUAUGUUAUCAAAACCUCCUUCCUUUAAUCCCUUUGAAAAUGUUUUUAAUUAAACACACAAUCGUUUUAGAUUUCCCAAGACCUUUAAACUUUCACCUCCUAAAAGCAAAAAGUCUUUUGGAGAAAUAUUCAAAUUGGACUAAAAACUCCUGGAGAUGCCCUGGCCCAACUCCACACCUUGGAGUAGAGGAGGGAUGCCUCCCAAAGAUGUGGGACCAGAGGAGAAUACAGAGAGAAGCUGGUUUGGGAACUCUGUGUGGGGAAGGGAUGGCACAGACAUGACAAUACAAUUGUAUUUUAUUGCUGUAUCUACAGUUCCUUUUAUCAGACAACUUGCACUUUAAAAAAAAAAACCUGCUUUUUAACACUAAUGUUUUCUUUAACCCUUUCUAUAUAUGCAUAUGAAUUUUUCUUUUACGUCCCACAGACAUGCAUCGGGGAGAUUUCUGUGACUUCAGGUCCUGUUCCACAGAUUUUUGGUUGUUGCCUCAUGGCGCUGUACUUGUAAAAUGAAGGUGAAUGCUCACCUCCCACCACAUCCAGCUGUUGAUGGCAGCCCUCACCAGCUGCUCCAUGUGCCCUCGUUCAUUGGCUUAGAAAACAGUAGUGGAGGGUUGCUUAUAAAAUAAGGAUCCAGGGAAGGUGGCAUCCUAAGUUGAAGCCUAAUCUUUGUUUCUCUGGGCUAACUCCAGUAGAUGUGGUUGAAGGUCACAUUCAGAAGAAAAUUUUGAUGUAAAAAAUCUCCGUCACUUUCCAGGACAGGGUUUAGAAGGAAAGAUUGUAGCAUGUAGAUGUGGUGGAAAUGGUUUCACACCAGCAGUGCCUUUGCCGUUAGGGAUGCUUGGGACCUCAGAAACUCAGCAAUAGCGUUGACCCUUCGUAGUGGGGAAGGAGUUGGAAGGUCCAGGUCCUUCCUGCUUUUCAGUUCCCCCUGAAUUCUUCAGAAAGUAUAUUUGGCUCUCAAAAUGCCAAAUCAGCCAGAACAGCCAAGCGGCUGCCCCCCCAGCUAUAUAGCUCCAUAAACUGAAAGGCUAGAUUAGCUGCCUUGGCCCCCUUACUACCAAAAAUAGAGCAGUCCGUGUCUGUGACUAUAGCUGGCAUUGAGAGGCGCUGAACAGCUUGUGCCCUCUCUCCUUCCGCCAAAGGGCCCCUGUCUGGGGCACGGCGCUGCUGGCCAGCCACUCUUUGCCCUCAGUUCUUAGACAUGUGGCUGUUUAAAUAUGCAGUCGGGCUUCCCGUUUGCUGCAGCUUCAUAGCAAUAAGAUGCAACUCCUGGGACCCCCAGGGAACUGCCCAUGGCUUUAUUUAUGAACUCUUGUCAGGAGCAGGUGGGAAGAGGUAACAGUCUUACCUGCCAGAAACCAAGACUCGAAUAAAACGGUGCUUAGACUUUUGUUAUACACAUUUCCUUUGUGUAAAUAAAUGUUUACAGUUUUAUAUUGAAGAUGGAAUAAGAGCUAGAUCUUUUGACUGUAUAUUUUUUACUUUUUAUAGAUUUUAAAACUGUAUAAUUCUUUAUAUAUGGGGGGGCGGGGAGUAUGCUAAGUUUUAUGCCUGUAAAUGGAGAACAGUCGAAAUCCAUGCUAACCUUUUAUGCCCUGUUUUUGUAUAAAGAUCCUAUUAAUCCCCGAUUCUUCACUUCACUUAACUCUGGCACACACCAAAAAAGAGAACCUUCACUUUCCUGUUUUAUCAUUAUAUGAAAUAAUAAAAGUAUUUUACUAGUA